UAUAAUUGGAAUUGGUUGCUCAGCAUGUGUCCGAUUUUCAUUUUGAAAAACUAUCGAGAGAUGGACAUCGGAUCUAUUCCACUUGUUAUCAGUGGUAGCAGUCGAGAAGUUUGCCAGUUGAAGCAGGAAGGCUUGAAUAUAUUACCUAUAGUUAUCAAUACUUUGCAUUUGGCUCCAUCUUAUGCUUUGCAAUUCAUUUUGAUUUGUGGAAUAUUGCUUUCCUCACUUACAUUCAUAUUUGAUUCGUUUAGAAAUACUAUUUCUUAUUUUUGUCUGUGGAUAAUUCAUUUGUCGGCAUUUCAGGUUGGUGGCGUUUUUUUGUGGUUUCAAUGGGAUACUCUUCUUCUUGAAUCGGGUGCAAUAUGUAUUUUAUUAGCAAAUUUGCCAUUCAUUGGGGCUACUUCUGCUGAUAAUAUUUCAUUGUUCUUGAUACGAUGGCUUUGUUUUCGAUUAAUGUUUUCUUCUGGUCUUGUGAAACUUUUAAGUCAUUGCCCUUUAUGGUGGAAUUUGGCUGCACUCGAUGUCCACUUUGAAAGUCAGUGCAUACCAACUUGGAUUGCAUAUUACGCUCAUCAAACUCAAAAAUGGUUGCGCCACUUAGCUGUUGCAAUCACUUUUUAUAUAUUAAUUAUUUUACCACCAAUGUUUUUCCUUCCUCUAAAAACGCUUCGAACAUACGCAUUUUUUCCACAAAUUCUUUUAAUGGUACUAAUAAUGCUAACAGGCAAUUACAAUUUUUUCAAUAUAAUUUGCGCCUUGCUUUGUCUGCCAAUAUUAGUUUCAUCGAAUGAAUAUAAUUUUUGUAAGUUUUUUAUUUUUAUAAAUUCUUUUGUUCCAUUCGCAUCAAUAAGUAAAUCAGCAAAGUCUGCAAUCCCAAGCAAAAUAGUUCAUCUACAUGAUUCACUGAAUUAUUUGCAGUUAACUCAUGCUUAUGGACUAUUCAGAAGGUUUUAUUCGAGAUUUUUGUUUGAAAUUUUUGCUUUGUUUCUUUAUAAACAUUUGGUACGAUUGUACUUAAAGAGUAUGACAGGAGCACAUGGUCGGCCCGAAGUGAUUAUCGAAGGAUCCUAUGAUGCUGAAGGGCCAUGGAUUCCAUUUCAUUUUUAUGCUAAGCCUGGCAGACUGGAUGAGAUGCCUCGAUUUAUAAUUCCACACCAGCCUCGUCUAGAUUGGCAAAUGUGGUUUGCUGCUCUCGGCGCAUAUCAACAAAAUCCUUUCUUCAUUUCUCUUAUUUAUCAUUUGCUACGUAAUAAUACGGAUGUCACUUAUUUGAUGAAAAAAUAUCCGUUUGAACGAAAACUGCCAACAUUGAUUCGCGCACAACUUUAUUUUUAUCAUUAUACAAAACCAAAUCACAGAGGUGAAUGGCCAAAAAAUUAUUGGAUGCGGAAUUUUCAAGAAGAAUAUAUGCCUCCCAUUACAAUGGAUCACCCAGGAGUUCUAAGUUAUCUGCAACAAAAUGGAUUUGUUCUUAAAGUUAUUUUUAAUUGA